UUUAUACAACCUCAAAUUCAAAUAAUUCUAGAUUAUUUUAGUGAAAGUAAAAAAGUGAGACCAAAAGUCUUACUUGAGCAGAAUGAAGUUGAUAUAAGUGUAUUAUUCAUAUCUUAUACCUCUAAUUCAAAAAAUAUAAUAAAUAAGAAUAACAAAUCUUUACUAAAAACUGAGAUAAAUAUAUUUAAUAAAACUUUAGAUUCUGAUUUAGAUAAUAAUAGCAAUAUUGAGAAUUUAUUCAACAAUGAAAGAGAAGAUUAUAGUGAUGAUAGAAG